ACUAAUUUUGGAAAACACGUAAUUAUUUUGUAUGGAGUAAUAUUUAGAGAAUUUACUCUCAAAAAAUCGUUUUAACUUUUUUUUUUUUUACUUCUUUUCUUUUCUUUCAACCAAGGAGAGUAAUGGAGACUGGUGUUCUUCUGAGAAGUAUUCUCUUUCAUCUCUCUUUCUCUGCUCUUCCUCUCCAUUUCUCCCGUUCGUUUGCUCUUUCUUUGCCCGUCGGCAUCCACCCCCUAGAUGAGGAGCACUAUGCCCGGGAGUUGAUCGAAUGUAAAGAUGGGUCAAAAUCUUUCACCAGAGACCGCCUGAACGACGAUUUCUGUGACUGCCUCGACGGCACAGAUGAGCCCGGAACCGCGGCCUGCCCACAGGGCAAGUUCUAUUGCAGGAAUAUGGGCAGCACACCCAAAUUUCUGUUUUCAUCUCAAGUAAACGAUCAAAUUUGUGAUUGCUGUGACGGAAGCGAUGAAAAUGAUGGCACCAUUAGCUGCCCUAAUAGUUGUGUUAUGGGUGGGAAUUCGGCCUAUCAGAUGAGAAGUCAUAGCUCACAAGAUAAUUCAGUUUCAUUUGGCAGAAAAGCAACUAGAGCUGGCAUUAAUGCAGAGGACUCAAUACAGAAAGUUAAAGGUUUGAAGAUGUUGGUAGUCCUACAGGUACUUAUUAUUGUUAUUGUUGUGGGCAUCCCACUUUUCUGCCGACGCUCCAGAUUGAGAAGAAGGCAUUCUCGUUGAUGGCAUUGGAAGUCCCGGAUCUUGAAGAUGACAUUCUCGCUUAUGGUUGUUUGUUGGAUUGGUUUUUUUGGCAUCAUAGUCAUCCAUGGCUCUAGUUUUAUGAAAUGAUCCAAUUUUUCAAUAGAACUUCCAUAUAUCAAGAUUGGUUCUCUAUUCUACUUAAAACCAACAGUUUAAAGGUUGUGAACUCUCAGUUGGAUGAGUUGAUGAAGUUGUUAAUGUAAUCCUUUAAUAUAAUAAAAGAGACUCGGAUGCAUAAAAAUUCGACAUUUGG